AUGCCACCAUUCACACCUCUCUUCAUCAAUGGACAAGAGGUCUCCUCGAGUACUGGUCGCCAGUUUGAGGUCCGCAAUCCCCUUUCUGGCGAGGUAGUAGGUACUGCUGCUUCAGCAACCAGCGAAGACUGUAAAGCUGCAAUUGUCUCGGCAUCCAACGCAUUCAAAGUAUGGUCACAAACUAGCCUUGGGACUCGCCGAGAUCUUCUUCUACAAGCGGCCGAUCUUGUAACUACUGACAAAUACAAAAACAAGAUCCUACAGUGCGUUAGAGAAGAAACAGGUACAUCUAAUAUGAUGGGAACUUUCAGUUGGAUGAUUGCAGCGGCAUAUUUGAGGGCUUCUGCGACGCUUGUGGGGGAUCUGCGGGGGGAGAGGUUUAAUUCUGAUCGGAGCCCGGGAACGGUGGUGUGGACGGAGAAGAGGCCAUUGGGCGUGAUUUUCUCUCAAUCCCCUUGGAACGCACCAAUCACUCUCACCCUCCGCGGCGUCAUCGUUCCCAUUCUAUGCGGCAACGCUGUCGUAUUCAAGGCAGCUGAACUCAGUCCUCGAAGUGGCUCGAUCGUUUAUGAGCUGUUUAAAGAGGCCGGUUUUCCCGAUGGUGUUUUCAAUUUUGUAUCCAUCUCUCGGCAAGAUACUGUACGCCACGAUUGA